GUUUUUCGUGUAAAGAUAAUUAGAGUUAUUUUUCCUAUGAGAUGCAUUAUCCUUAUUUUUUCACCUUGUGCCAUUACUAGAACCUCAAUUGGUUUUAAAUCUACUCGCCUUUUAGGAUCAAAUUCCGUAAAAAGUUUUUAUUAGGUAUAAAGCAUGGUUUUUCAGUACUACAAAUUAUCGCGACAUAUUGCUUGUUAACUGUCACGCAAGAAACUGUUUUAUUUUUGUGGAUUGUGUAUUCUAUUUUGGGAUUUUUUUGCAACAACAUGUAAGAUAUAAUUUAAACAACUUUUCAAGUUUGGUGUUAAUACUAUGACCAAACUUUGGUCAUGAAAAAUGUAUUCUUCUGUUCAAUUCAUAUGUGCUUCCGAAACUUCACAAAGUCUUUUUGAGUAAGCUGUUGAGGUGCACAAUCUAUUGCCAGAAUUUCCAUGGUUUUUUGUCAGCACUUUCAGCAAAUCUUAUGCGCAAACGUAGCACAGACAUACAUAUGUCACUAACCAAGCUUUAGAUUAUUCUGUGAUAGCUGAUAGUGAUAUGUUUUGCAAUACAUGUUGUAUCUUACGAAACAUAUCAGAAUAAUAAUACAAUAUAUCAGUUCUUGAUUUCAUAGACUUUGUUGGAGUGUCACGAGUCACAUUUUGCCUCUAAACACAUAUUACUAGGAUAGUGUAUUAUGACUGCAAUAUCUGCAAUUUCUGUGACUUAAACAAUUUAGUUGGUUUAUGUCCUCAUUUAUCGUUGUAGAUCAUAAACAAAUAAAACUCUCUGUCAUGAUUUGCAGUAAACACUUCAUAUACAGGGUGCUGAACUUUUAAAUAUUCAUUAAUUAGUGAAAAAAAGAUCCCUCGUAUCCGCAAGAAUUGUGCAAGGAACAAUUGUAACCUUAUGUACUGGUGUUUCGGGAAAGUAAUAUGCUAAGAGGACUGAAUUCUAUUUUCAAUUUAAUAACUGAUUAGUAAAUCAGCGUAGAACCUUGCAUGCUAUAUCACUUCAAGCUGCUACAUUACGACAGGGUACUGAAGGUAUGGAAUUAGAUACAGAAUUACACCAGGAGAAAUAAACUUAGUUGCAGCGUAUGGAAUAAAUGGAGGAAAACUGAUGAAGACAUUCAGACCCCAUAUUGAUAGGUUUGUUCGUCUUGUCACGCAGUAAAAUAGUAUUACUCACUGGAUGACGUUUCAAACACAUAAUCAAAAGAGUUAUAACAGGUCGUUUCCUUGUAACCUUAGAAUAAUUAUAACUGUUUACGUAUAAGAGGGGUAUUGGUUAAGCAGCAAUUACCACUUAUGAGCAACAGCUUUGUGAUAUUGUACCAUUUUAUUUUUAAAAUUUUAAAUAAAUAAAGUUUCUCGGUUCAUAGACAUUUCAAGGCAGAGUGUUAGGCAAAACUUCCUUAGCUCACUUUUUUGUACUGUCAAAUAUACCAUUCUAUUAAAAACCACUAUUCGUAUAAAAAGAAAUAGAUAAUGUUUUUCCUAUCAGAAAAUAGAGUUCAAAGGUCACUGAAUUCAUACCCAGUAGUUAAAUCGGCCUCAUAACCUAAAGUUUUCGAUGCCUGAUGGGAUCACAGCUUUACACUGCUGAAGAGUCCUAGACCAGAAUAGAACGGCUGUCCAGUAAUCCUUGAUAUUUAAAGAUUCACUAGACGGUGUUGGUUCUUGAAGAAACGUGCAUUAAAAUGUGUUUGUGAAUAGAUAACGUCGCAUUUUUCUACCGUGAGAAUUCAUUUUGUUGUUAGAUCGUUUUAAUUACCGUUUCACGAUAAUUCUUUUUCAAUGUGGUGAUUUGCUCAAGAAUAUUUUGAAUGAUUCGUUUCUCUUUUCGGUCUUUUACAUUUUACAGGUUUAUCUUGAGACUGUAACAUCAUGUAAUGUAUACAGAAUACUCGAAAUAAAUUUAUUGAAAAAUAUUAAUUUUGUAUUUCCUACAAAUGCAUCAGUAUAGUAACAUUUUUUCCUAUCAGAUUUCAUUUACAUACUUUUCCAUCAACAUAAUUAAACCAAACAUAAGCCUAAUAAACGCAUGACAUUACAAAAAGGUAAACCAAUGUAUACAGGAGCUAGUCUAAAUAAAAAUACACUUACACAAGAACAAUUCACUCGUGAAUUAGCUACGCGUUUAGAACAAUUGUCAUUAGAGUGUAGUACGCUUCAUAAUACUGAUGAAUAUUCGGAUAGUUCAUUUUCUCCACCGUCUAUAACAUGGCCCAAAAAAGUAUGCACAAAUCACAUUAAUAAAUCCUGUUCACAUAUUCAUACUGAUUCGGAUAAAAUUUAUAAUGAGAGACAGAACUACCACCGUCAACAACAACCACAAAAACAGACCCUUCGAACGAAAUCCUCCCCUCGAAACAGAAGGAUCCAUAAAACAAUACAAGUUCACCCAGAAAGUAACCAGAAACAAGUAUCAAACUGUACACAAAAGAAAAAGGAAGAGAAUUUCAAAAAUAAUCAGGCUAUGAAUACAACAACUAAUUCUUUUUCAUCUACAUGGCGUGACAUAAGCUACUCACCUGAUAAAUAUAUACCGAAGAAAUCUUUCCCAGAUAGUAUUCGAAAACAAUGUCAGACCUACUCUGAGGAUAUGUUAAAAUCUAAUAAUGUAUCUAGCGAUCAUUAUCAAAGGAAGGAACAAUGUAACAGUGCAGCAAGUAUUAAACAAAAGCAUCCAAACAAUAAAUUUAUUGAGCAGAAUAAACAAAUUAACGAUCAGUCGUCUGAUCAUAGUGAAGUCAACCAUGAAAUGGAAUGUCUUGAAGAUGAUAAUUUAAUUAUUGAUGAUAAUUCUACAACAGAUAUAUCUGAUUCUGAAGUAUCAUGUGCAAGGAGACUGAGUAAUUUGCCGGAUGAAGUUAUACCACCUGUUAUAACAUCUUUGUUUCCAAACACACCAUCUGUAUUGCGUUUUGCUGAUGCUGGACAAGUUGUACAGAAAUUACCAAAACAAUACAGAUCUCGUCUUCUUUGGCGUCCAAGUGCUAUUACACCGAAUGUGGUAAAACGUGUCUUAAAAAGAUCAAAUUUUCGGAUGACGUUAAAAUCAUCUGAAUGGAUUGGAUAUUAUGGGAAUCACUUGAAACCAUUUGGUUUUCGUCCGAUACGUCAAUAUCAAAAAGUUAAUCAUUUUCCUGGUUCAUUUCAAUUAGGCCGUAAAGAUAAACUAUGGAUAAAUUUAAACCAGAUGAGAUCAUAUUUUGGCAAGAAGUCAAUUGAUUUUGUGCCAAGAACAUUCUGUCUACCAACAGAUUUAAAAUUAUUAAAAGAAUUUUGGUCACGUUAUGAAACACCGAAUUCAACAUCAUCGAAUAUAGAUGGAUUAUCAACAGUUAAUACAAGACCUCGGUGGAUUAUGAAACCGCCUGCAUCAGCUCGUGGCAUUGGAAUCAAAUUAAUACGUUCUUGGUCUGAUAUUCCUAAACAACGUCGUGUGCUCGUCCAGUCAUAUAUCAAUCAACCGUAUUUAAUUGAUGGAACAAAAUUUGAUAUAAGGCUAUAUGUUUAUGUGGCAGGAUUCAGUCCAUUUCGUGCUUAUGUUUACAGAGAAGGCUUAGUACGAUUCGCUUCACAAAGAUAUUCUACGUCUUUUCAACAUUUGGGGAACCGCUUCGUGCAUUUAACCAAUUAUUCUAUCAAUAAGCAUAAUAAGAGUGAUGAAAAUUCUGUAUCAAAUCAUAAAUGGAAAUUAAGUAAAUUGUGGUCAUAUCUAACAGAACGUGGAGUUGAUGUACCCAGUUUAUGGUCAUGUAUAACUGAUAUUAUUUUCAAGACACUGGCAUCUGUUGUUAGCUGUAUUACUACAAUGGUUGAUCAGAAUUGUCGAAGACGUGCAUCAGUUUAUGAAUUAUUCGGUUUCGAUAUCAUAUUGGAUGCUGAUCUUAAACCAUGGCUUCUAGAAGUCAAUGUAUCACCAAGUCUGCAUACAAAUACACAACUUGAUGAUGAAGUGAAAACCUCCGUAGUAAAGGAUAUGUUUAAUCUAUGCGGAUUUCAACUGCCACCAGACUAUCGUUCAUCUCAGUUAUCAUCGUCAACAACAACUCCAUCAAAAUUAACACCUAACAGUAAAAAUACAAAUUCUAAUGCAAGUGCUAUCGCGGGAUCAUCAUUCAAUGAGAAAAAUCAAUUUUCGUCAUGGAGUCACUAUAUUACUUCUAAUAAUAAUAAUAAUAACAAUGAUACGGAUAAUGGACAGUUAUCCAACAAGUGUUUAUUCAAUUCUUCAAACUCUAAUAAUUCACAACAUCAUCAUCAUCAGCCUCAUCAUAAUUCAUCUGCUUCCUUAUUAACAACACUUCAAAGAGGUAAUUAUUCACCCAGUGGGUUACCUCCACCAAGUCCAUCAAUUAACAGUAGUAAUAAUAUCCAUGUGAAACGUUCUCAAUCAUCAUUGUCUACAAGAAUGACAUCAAAUAAAAUGAGUGAAAAAAAUUGUUCAGAUUCAUGUCUACCUAUUACGGAUCCACGAUUAUGGGAUAUUAGUUUGUCAACAGAAGAUAAACGGAAACAUCUAUUUUAUUCAUCAUUAAUGACAGAUAAAGAAAAGAAUAAAACAAGACAACUUUCUGAUAAGUUGAGUAAAUCUAACAAGAAAAAUAUACUGAAUGCAGGAGAUAAUUCAAAGGAUCCCAUUAAUUCACUACGUCAUAUGUUGUCAGAAUUAACUCCAGAUGACUUACGUACCCUGACUAAUCUAAUUGAUGAACGUUAUCGUGCUGCAUUAGGUAAUUUCCAAUGUAUCUUUCCUCUACACGGAUCAGAAGGAUAUCGUUUGUUAACAUUUCUUCAAACAGCAUAUCAAAAAAAUAUACAUACUGGAACACUGGGUUCACGUUCACCAUCGGUAUAUUACUAUGAUAUACUUCAAUAUGUAUUUUUAACUGUUUAUCAUAAUACUGAAAAUGAUGAAAAUCUAUGCUGUGAAUCAUUCACUCAUCAGAGUGUAGAUAAAGAUUUACCAGAUCAAACAACACUUAUGUCAGGGGAAUUAACACCUGAAAUUAUGUCUUUAGUUUGUAGAAUGACUGGAGUUUCUAAAACAGGUUUAGAUUAUUUGAUCAAUCUGUGUAAAAAAGGAAUACACUUAAUGACUACAGAAUAUACACCGAAAUCCAAUCAAGUCUUCUGGACACAAACCAGUACACCCGCAUCAUCAAUAAACCAAGACUCUCGUCAUUCAUCCAGGUAUCAUUAUCAUAGAAUUGACACCUCACCAUCAUCAUUAUUUCGUCAAAGUGAAAGUUAUUCUAAAAAUUCUCAAGAGAGACAAAACAAUCUUCGAAAUACUAACAGACCUGAAAAACGCUCCAUUCAAACACAAUCAAUUACACCAACUAGUUAUGAUAAUGAAAGUCAAAGUGAGAUAAUAAAAUCUCAAUCAAGUCAAGAGGUAUAUUCACUAGAUAAACCACCAACUCCACCAGGUAAAAUGUUCACUGUCAGACAACCAUCUUAUCGACAGCCUCAUCAUCAGCAACAGCAGCGGCGUAUUAGAUCAAGCUGUGGAAAUCUUGUUAAACUAACCAAAGAAAAAAGAAUUCAAUGCAGCAAUUUAAAACCAUACCGUACUGAAAGUGAUUUUAAUGUUAGAAAAGUAAAACAUCCAGUAAAACGGUCAUCAUCAACUUCAGAUAUUUUAUUAUAUAAAAAAUAUUCAACAAAUUCACCAUCUAUUAUUAGUAACAGUAGUAGUAUGACUAAUUCAAAUGAAAAUAUCUACAAAAGUAAUAAUAAAAAAUUGAUAAAAACACCAGUUGUUCCAAAAACAGCAUCGUGUGAUUCUAAUUGGAUAAGAAAUACAAAUUCUGCUAGAUAUUCAACAUCAUCUACUCUGUCGUCAUCAUCGUCAAUAGCAGCGACAGCGGCAAUAACUGAUCAAUGUCUGCCUCAUAAAGUAAAGUUUAAUCAAACGUAUAACCUUUCACCAAAGCAACACAAUAAUCAGAAUGAUCUUAGACGAUUAACUAAACCUUUAUCAGAUCAGUAUAACAGAAGUGAUAAUUUCUCUAAUUCUGCUGAUUUCUAUGAUGUUGGAGAUGACGAUGGUGAUGAUGGUGACGAAGAUUAUGACAUUGACGAUCAAACGUAUACUGUUUAUAAAUUACAAGAAUCAAAAAAGCCAUUUCUAUGUCAAAUAUACAGUCAUACUGGUCACCAACAGAAAAAUAAUCGUCAGUAUCAAUAUGUUAAUUCUUUACCAGUGAAAUUGUAUCCAAAAGAGACAAGAAUUAUUUUAGAGAGACAUAAUUCAAGAAGCGGAUCAUUUAAACAGAAUUUAGAAAAAAAUAAAGUUUUAUCAGCUGUACAGAAUAAAUUUAUCAAUUCUACUUGUCAUCUUUUAAAUGAACCAAAAAGUAGUGAUCGUCCAAUUAAAAUUGUAAAGCUAAAAGCAACACAAUCAACCGACUGAGUUGUACGGGGAUCUUUUUGCAAUCUAAAGAAAUGAUCCAACUUACUUAUCAAGUAUAUACUAUCAACAAGAUAUAUUAAUAUUGAGUACUAGGAAUGUACUGUUUAUUUAUACAGGUUUAACUGAAUGCAUACUAAUGCUAGUGAAAUGCUUCUUCUUUUAUUUUACAAUAAUGUAAUCUAAAUUGAACAAUGAAUAUAUUUCGUAUCCUAUUUUGUAUAUUCAUUUUCAAAAAAAAAAAUCUGUUUCUUACUUCAAAACCUUUGUUGGUUUCAUGAAUGUACGAACAGAUGGAUAUUAUUUUGUUUUUAUUUCUACAUUUUCGUUUUUUUCGUUGUAAUUUGUAAAACAUUUUUAUUUAUCAUUCCUAUAUAAUUGAAAUUUGAAUAGUUUCAAUGUAUGGUUUGUUCAAUAAUGUUCAAUACUUGCGCGCUUUUCAAAAAUGUUCAACGACUAUAAAGAUAAAUGAUGAGAAUAAUUUAUAUACAUGUUGGAGAGUGCUAUAUAUGCAGAUGAAAAGCAUUCCAUAUUACAUUGGUUGCCCCAUCAUGCCUUACAUACAUGUAUAUAUGUGAAGAGAUAAUAUAAACAUACUGUA